AAUUUUCGAGUGAUUAACCAUCGCGGUUCUGAAAUCCGGUGUUUUUUCGUGGUUUACGGUAAAGUGUUGUGUAAAGUUAACGAAAAUGUCGAUCCUGCUUGCAGAUAUUGAUGCAACCUGUUCGUCUUUGGGGUGGGAUGACGGUUCCAAGUACUACAUGGAACCGGAUGCUAUACAAGGGCUCAAACAUUUGAUUUGGAUUUUAAAACGAGACGCCGAUGACCAUGAGUAUCGUCGGUACAUUGGCCAGAAAAAGGUCAUGCAAACCGACCUUAUUCCAAUGCUUAUGAGCAAUUUCGAUAAUCCCGAAGUGGCAGAUGUAUUGCUCAGGUUGAUCGUAAAUUUGACCUAUCCACCACUACUUCUGUACAACGGUAACUAUCCGAAAGAUGCCGUUGGAAGGAGGAAUUUCAUGCAUUUGGUCGAAACACUGCAAGGGUACAAAGAAGCAUUUGCCGUCCAGCAAGCAUGGGCGGCCCUUGGAGAUCGAUUGCAGAAAAUUUUGCAAAUUGACUGGAGCGAACGGGUAGAGGAUCAGGAACUCAUAAUAGAGAGAAUUCUUACUUUAAUUCGUAACGUGCUCCAAGUGCCAUCCAGUAUGGAAUCUGAAAAACGCUUCGAUAACGAUGCAAGUCUGCACGACCAGGUUCUGUGGGCACUUCACCAAACUGGUGUGUUAGAUCUGAUUCUUUAUAUUCUGGGAUCGGAGCAUGAGCAUCAAUAUCACUUACAUGCUCUCGAAAUAACGUGUCUCGUUUACCGGGAGCAAUCGGCGACGAAAUUAGCAGAUGCAUCGCUCCAAAGAAGUGCGGCUGAAAAGCACCGCGAUGAACUGGAGCUCUUGGCCGCCAGGAAGCAGGAAAAAUCUAAGCAACAGGUUCGCAUUCCUGCUGCACGACAUUCUCGUUUCGGGGGUACUUACGUGAUGCAAAAUAUGAAAUCUAUCUCGGACAAUGAUCUCAUAUGCCACCAAUCGCUGCAAAAAGCUCUGAAAAUGGAAUUCGAUACGGACAAAAAACGGGUGAAAAAGUCUUUUCGACACGUUAAAGAAACGGGAUCGGUAGAAAGGCAAAGUGCGUUUUCGGUUCGUCUAUUUUUACGGGAAUAUUGUGUUGAAAUUUUGCAAUCAUUGUACAAUAACAUGGUACGACAAGUGCGUAGAGUGCUGGAACGUCACGCCGGCCACGAUGCCGGCGGUGGUCACGACGAUUCAUAUCUUUUGUGGGCCAUUAGAUUUUUCAUGGAGUUCAACCGGAUGAACGACUUCAAGCUAGAGCUUGUUAGCGAGUCCCUGAGCGUGCAGUGCUUCCACUGGAUCAUAACCCGCAUCGAGCACUACGUCGAUAUGAUGGGGUCGGAUAAAACCCGGGAUCGCCUUUGGGCGCGUCGUUUGCACGUAGCCGUACAGGCUUAUCGGGAAAUGUUGCAAAGUUUGCAAGCUCUGCAGAAAGUGCCAGACGAAAAGGCCCGGGAACUGUUCCUAAUGUUGCAGAACAAUGUGUUCUAUGUGCUGGAAUACCGGGAGGUGGUUCUCCAUUUGCUGAUAAAUUUUACCGAAACAAAAAGCACAAGAGCGUAUUUACGUGAUGUAAUUGAGACGGCCCACAUGUUCUUCAAAAUGCUCGAAAAGUAUUGUCAAGGGACUGUGCGUGUCCAGAGUAAGAAACGCGCCAAACCGAAACGAGGACGAUCCGGUGGUGCCAAGCAGAAAGGCAACAACAGCACGGAAACAAAGGAUCUGGAUCCGGAGCGCUUAGAAGAGCAGUGGCUUACAAUGGCGGGUGAAGUUUCGACAUGUCUAGCUAAUCAGAUUACGCUGCCAGAGGAGGAUCAGCCGAGUCCAUUCGAUGGCGCUUCAGAUACACCCAUCGACGAUCAGAAAGGAGACUGCAUGAUAAGGAUUCAUUCGCUGCUGCGUGACGGAAAAUACGAACAUGCAAUAAUUUUAAUGCGAUCCGCUAGAGAAGUGUGGCUCGAAGAUGAUUGCUUUGGAUCGUCGGCAUCCGCACCGGAAGACGAAUUGAUGCUGCUGAAGGAAAUUUUCCUGGCAAACCUCCCACGUGUGGCAGAAAAAGAGCGUCUGCCGGAAUCGAGCUUCAUCGAAGGUGGUGGACAUGGCUAUGGCGAAGGUGACGAUGAUGAUGAGGACGACGACGACGAAGAAGAGGAAAAUCCAAUGACAGAGACGGAUUUUAAGUUCGACGAUUUUGCUAAAAGGCUGCUGAAUCCGAAGGUUGUGCGGGCUUGCACGGUGGCACUCGCCGAUUGGGACCAAAUUCCAACUUCAUCGCUGAAGGCGGCCGUCACCCUGCUUCACCGGAUUGCCGUAGGAUGUAAAAUGCCGGCUCUGUUGUUCCAGGCAUCAUUGUUCCGGAUCUUCCAGCGUACCUUCCACGCCCUGAAAAGUGCCCACCAUGUCGAGCUGCAGCGGCUGGGAGUGUUUAUCAUCCGACAGUUCGCCGCCCUAGCGCCGAAAAAUCCCAAAAUAUACGCCGAGCUGCUGUUCUACAAAUCGAUCAAGGAAUCCAAUGCAAUCGAAAUGGGCUACGAAGACAUUUACGGCAAUAGUGUAGGUACCGGAGGAGGUGCAAAAGCUGCCUGGAGUGAGGAACAAGAAGAGGAACUCAGAAGACUGUACAUGGAAAAUCAACAGAGUCCAGAAACCGAUCAAGACGUUAUCGAUUGGAUCCUGGAUAAUCUCAUUGACAAAAGUCGAACCCGCCGUGCUGUCAUCAAAAAGCUCAAAGAGUUAGGGUUGAUUUUCAAAGCUCCGACCAAGAAAAGCAACGCCGCUGCUGUUAACAAAAAUCUUUGGACCCAGGAGCAAGACGACAAACUACGGCAACUAUACGAUGAACAUCGGCUAGAUGCUAACGUCCUUGCCAUCAUCACGGGCGAAUUCGACGGGGAGCGUUCGAAACAGUCGAUCGUGAACCGAAUGAUUUCGAUCGGACUGAUUGCGGAUAAAUCGGAAGUUAAAGCACCUCGCAAAUCGCGCUCGAAGAAAUCCAAUAUGGAAGGUGGCGAAGAAUCGAUGUCAGGAUCGGAUAGCGACAGUGAUAGCGAUACGAUUGCCAAAAGACCUUCGAAACCUAAAACGAAACCGGGUGUGACCAAAAAACGACCCACAACUAAAUCGUCGCUGAAUCACAAACGUAUUCGUAGCCUGAUGACCGAAGUGGAGGAAUCGAUGAAGGAGGCCGUCGAGUGGAUCAUGGAAUCGUUCAGCGAAGCCUGCGAAGAUUACGAGGAAGCGUCGGAAGAUCCGGAUGACGGAGUGCCGCUGGUUCCUAUCAUGCAAUCGCAACGAGAUGCCCUACAGAGUGGACAGUUUUGCGAAUUGUUGAAGGAGCUGGGUGUGGCGGCACCGAUUGAUAAUGAAGCUUACUGGCGCAUACCUGUUUCCAUGAAGCCGGAAGAUCUUCAAUUGCGUGUGAAAAUACUGAAUGGCGACUAUCAGGAGGAAGCGGACAUGCCCGAGCGACCACAGGAAGACGCAGACGAUGGCUCGCAGCCAUUGGCGCUAGAAAAUGUGUCCUACCCGGCAGCGGAAGACGAUGAUGUAUCUGAGGAUAUGUUCAGUGCCUGGCGGGCGAAAUCAAACGUGCUGUACAGCAAAAGCGAUGACGAGAGUGAGGUUCGCCAGCCAUUGAAGCAGAAAGCCGCCGGCAAAAAAGAGCGCAAAAAAUCCUCCGCCAACAACAACAAGCCAUCCGCCAAUGGCGGGAAAACAAAAUCGAAAACCAAAAGAAACAAACUAAACCUGGACGAUUUGGUGGCGCGAAGCGAUGAAGACAGAGAGGAGGAAACGGCAUUGGAUAGCGACGAGAAGGAAAAUCUCGAAGAUUUCCCCAGCCACCGUUCACUGAUCGUUUCGUCUGACGAGGAAGACAAUGAUGAUGGUGCAUUUUCGGCUCUUUCGACUGCUACUAAUAUGACAAAAACAAACGAUAAGAAGGCGAAAACGUCAAAACCAAAGCUUAUAUUAGCUGACUCAGAUUCGGAACCGGGAUCCGAUAGCGAAAAUGUAAGGCUGGUCGUGUCGGAUGAUGAGGACGAAGAGCGGAUCUACGAUGGGGGCGUAGGGGAAUCGAGUACGACGACAACAAAGCGAAAUCGAUCGCUGGAUGAUACCGAUCAAUCCGAUGACGAUGCCGUAACUCAGAAGAAAGCUAAAAAGGUCCACCGUCGAGCUGUAAUUAGCGAUGAUGACGACUAAGACUAAGAUUUUUUUUCCAUUCGAUAACAUAUCCUUUGC